AUGGGGAGGCUGAUUGCCGUGGAGAUUGUGUUGCCUGUCCCUCUCCGUAUUCUACGUCAGGUCCCAGACAAGACUCGCGCUGCCGCUGCCCGAUCACUCAGUCUUGAAAAGGACUGCGUAACUGACACCAGACUAAGGCCUCCCAACUCCCCAGUAGGUCCUCCCAUCUCCCCAGUAAGGCCUCCCAACUCCCCAGUAAGGCCUCCCAACUCCCCUAAGGCCUCCCAACUCCCCAGUAAGGCCUCCCAACUCCCCAGUAAGGCCUCCCAACUCCCCAGUAAGGCCUCCCAUCUCCCCAGUAAGGCCUCCCAACUCCCCAUAAGGCCUCCCAACUCCCCAGUAAGGCCUCCCAUCUCCCCUAAGGCCUCCCAACUCCCCAGUAAGGCCUCCCAACUCCCCAGUAAGGCCUCCCAUCUCCCCAGUAAGGCCUCCCAACUCCCCAGUAAGGCCUCCCAUCUCCCCAUAAGGCCUCCCAACUCCCCUAAGGCCUCCCAACUCCCCAGUAAGGCCUCCCAACUCCCCAGUAAGGCCUCCCAACUCCCCAGUAAGGCCUCCCAACUCCCCAGUAAGGCCUCCCAACUCCCCAUAAGGCCUCCCAACUCCUCAGUAAGGCCUCCCAACUCCCCAGUAAGGCUUCCCAACUCCCCAGUAAGGCUUCCCAACUCCCCUAAGGCCUCCCAACUCCUCAGUAAGGCCUCCCAACUCCCCAUAAGGCUUCCCAACUCCCCAGUAAGGCCUCCCAACUCCCCUAAGGCCUCCCAACUCCCCAGUAAGGCUUCCCAACUCCCCAGUAAGGCCUCCCAACUCCCCAGUAAGCCUCCCAACUCCCCAGUAAGGCUUCCCAACUCCCCAGUAAGGCUUCCCAACUCCCCAGUAAGGCUUCCCAACUCCCCAGUAAGGCCUCCCAACUCCCCUAAGGCCUCCCAACUCCCCAGUAAGGCCUCCCAACUCCCCAGUAAGGCUUCCCAACUCCCCAGUAAGGCCUCCCAACUCCCCAGGCCUCCCAUCUCCCCAGUAGGGCCUCACAACUCCCCAGUAAGGCCUCCCAACUCCUCAGUAAGGCCUCCCAACUCCCCAGUAGGUCCUCCCAUCUCCCCAGUAGGGCCUCCCAACUCCCCAGUAAGGCCUCCCAACUCCCCUAAGGCCUCCCAACUCCCCAGUAAGGCUUCCCAACUCCCCAGUAAGGCCUCCCAACUCCCCAGUAAGCCUCCCAACUCCCCAGUAAGGCUUCCCAACUCCCCAGUAAGGCUUCCCAACUCCCCAGUAAGGCUUCCCAACUCCCCAGUAAGGCCUCCCAACUCCCCUAAGGCCUCCCAACUCCCCAGUAAGGCCUCCCAACUCCCCAGUAAGGCUUCCCAACUCCCCAGUAAGGCCUCCCAACUCCCCAGUAAGGCUUCCCAACUCCCCAGUAAGGCCUCCCAUCUCCCCAGUAAGGCCUCCCAUCUCCCCAGUAGGGCCUCCCAACUCCCCAGUAAGGCCUCCCAUCUCCCCAGUAGGGCCUCCCAUCUCCCCAGUAGGGCCUCACAACUCCCCAGUAAGGCCUCCCAACUCCUCAGUAAGGCCUCCCAACUCCCCAGGCCUCCCAACUCCCCGGUAGGUCCUCCCAUCUCCCCAGUAGGGCCUCACAACUCCCCACUCUCCCUUCCGCUGGACGUGACAGGGGGUGUACAGUAUAACAUGGAGGCCUUGGGAGACUCUGAGAUGGAGCCCUGGCCGGUGUGGGUGAUGAGCAGGAUGUAUAAAUAG